AAUUACAACAGCCAGGCCUCGGCUGCAGGGGAAGGAGCCUAAGAAUCCAAGGGGUUUUUUUUGUAUUAUUAUUCCUGGAGAUUAGGGAGGGGAAUCUCGAUUUGUGAGUUGGAAAUACCGGGCAAUUUAUUGUUUCCCACCCUCACACCCCCAGACCACAAAAUGGAGCAUAUAGGGGGGCAAGUUGCACACCCCCAACACGAGCCUAUCAGUUUCGGAAUAGACCAGAUUUUGAACAAUCCGGAUCAAGGAAGCUGCAUGAUCCCGAAUUCCCGGCUGCAGGAUAUGGACUAUGGCCUGGGCUGUAUGGUGAGUGGGAAUUACAGCAACAUGAAUUACACCGUGAACUACAACAGCAACGGCAGCGGGGGCGGCUACAAUAACGCAUGUAGCCUGGCGCCACUGGCGGGCCCUUACGGUGUUAACCUGGGCAUGAACAGCAGCAGUUUGAACCCGGCAGGAGUCAUCAGGGUACCGGCCCAUCGGCCCGUCAGCACAGGGGUGCACCAACCUCUGUCCACUGGAGUGACGACCGCUCCCAGCUCCAACAACAACCUGACAAACCUGACAUUCCCCUGGAUGGAAAGUAACAGAAGAUAUACCAAGGAUAGAUUCACAGUGGCCCUGUCGCCUUUCACGGUUACCCGCCGGAUAGGGCAUCCUUAUCAAAACAGAACUCCGCCGAAAAAGAAGAAACCUCGCACCUCCUUCACCCGGCUACAGAUCUGCGAAUUGGAGAAGCGGUUUCACCGCCAGAAAUACCUUGCCUCGGCCGAGAGAGCAGCGCUGGCCAAAGCUUUGAAAAUGACAGACGCUCAGGUCAAAACGUGGUUCCAGAACCGGCGGACCAAGUGGAGGAGGCAAACAGCGGAGGAGAGAGAGGCGGAGCGCCAGCAAGCCAACCGGAUCCUGAUGCAACUGCAGCAAGAAGCUUUCCAGAAAUCCCUGAACCAGCCCAUUCAACCUGACCCCAUCUGCCUGCACAACUCCUCGUUGUACGCCCUGCAGAACCUGCAGCCCUGGUCGGAUGACACGGCUAAGAUUACCUCGGUCACCUCCGUGGCUUCGGCCUGCGAGUAACAAUUUGUAGACUCAGCAACUAACUGGGGCUUUUAGAAAGACAAGAGGACCCCGGGCUUGUCUUGUACCUGUAGCGGCACAGCGCGGCGCUAGGAGGUAGUGACUCUCCGGUCAAGCCGGACUGGAUGCAUAUCCCGGAAGAGCCCAGUUGCCGGCUUCCCAUCCUCUCUCCUCGCUCUCUGCCGCGACACUGGAUUGGGAUCCCGAUUCCUGCCGGAGCAGAUUAAAAAGCCAACUCGGCGGCUUGUGAAUUCCACCUACACCUUACCCGCACCCCCCCGCUCGGCAUCAGGCCAACGUGCCAAGGGAAGUGAGUGCUUCCAAACCAGGCCAGUACGGUAACACACACCGACACCUACAGAGACACCAAACAACAGGUUAUAUUCCAACAGGGACAGAUACCUAUAGCGACACAGACAGGGACAGAGACAGAGGGACAGAUACCUACAGGGACAGAGACAGAGGGAAACAUACCUAUAGGGACACAGACAGGGACAGAGACAGAGGGACACAUACCUACAGGGACACAGACAGGGACAGAGGGACACAUACCUAUAGGGACACAGACAGGGACAGAGACAGAGGGACACAUACCUACAGGGACACAGACAGGGACAGAGGGACACAUACCUAUAGGGACACAGACAGGGACAGAGACAGAGGGACACAUACCUACAGGGACACAGACAGGGACAGAGGGACACAUACCUAUAGGGACACAGACAGGGACAGAGACAGAGGGACACAUACCUACAGGGACACAGACAGGGACAGAGGGACACAUACCUAUAGGGACACAGACAGGGACAGAGACAGAGGGACACAUACCUAUAGGGACACAGACAGGGACAGAGGGACACAUACCUAUAGGGACACAGACAGGGACGGAGACAGAGGGAGAGAUACCUAUAGGGACACAGGCAGGGACAGAGACAGAGGAACAGAUACCUACAGGGACACAGACAGGGACAGAGGGACACAUACCUAUAGGGACACAGACAGGGACAGAGACAGAGACAGAGAUACAGAGACACAAACAGAAGCAUGGACAGCGAUAAUGGGAUAGAUACCGACAGAGACACAGAGUGAAACAUGGAGAGAGAGAGUCGGGGGGCAGCUGGGGUCAGAAACCUAUUGACAGAUACCUACGGAUGCACACACAUGUGUGAAGGAUCAAUGCUUGGAGAACUGAACUGAGGUGAGAGACACCCCCACCCAGUGAUGGUCCUCUGUCCCGGUUGUAAACCCCGAUCCUACUCCCCGAACCCCCACCACCCGAAACAGCCUCAGUUCCCAGUCCGGAUAACGGGCCUUGUGUGAGUCAAUUGGAGAGGAGCUGUGAGCGGCAUGGGGAAUAAGAAUUACUGCUGGUCAUUUCCUAGUCCUAGCUGAACACCGUACAGGUCAUUAACCUCACUGGGCGGGGGACUGGAUGACCUGACAGUAGCAGUUCGUGAACCAGUUGGCUUUUUAUGGCAAUCCGACAGCACCACAGCUCUCUGAGACCGCCUUCCUAUUUCUAAAUUCGAUUUCUUUUCAGAUUCCCGCCGAAUAACCGAUACAGUGAUCUAAGCAGGGCGUCGCUGUGCAUUAGAAUAAUAGGCCACAAACAAAAAUUGGGGGUGGAGAAGUAAAUGUUCCAGAUUUGAUGAAUGUGCACGGAGCAAAUGGGUUCACAUGGAAUGACAAUGUAGUCACGGAGCUGGUCAAGAUGCCAGGCUUCAGAACCCGCUACCAAGCGGGCACUUCACAAUUUCACACAACUCUUUUCAAUUUGGCAAAAUUCGCCCCGUUCUCACACUGGUGUGUUAGUGCACGGUGUUGGUCAUCAUGAGUUUUUUUUCUUAAAUCAAGCUAAUGUUUAGUCUUAAAGGGACGAGACUUAUUGCCCUGUAAGAGAUAUAGUGAGUCCACUUUAAAAGACAAGUGAAAGACAGCUCCCUGUCGUCUAUAUAUAGAUAUAUAUAUAUAAAUAUAUAAAGUAACGGUAAAAUUAGUGAUCAAAGUAUUUUGUUUUCUGAAGGUCAGUGUUAACAUUUACAAUUUCUGCCAGGAAUCUUUGUUAGAUAAACAUUUGACAGUCAGAAUGAUUCCAGCACGCAGUCUCUUCCUUAACAAUGGACCUGGCUUUCAAAAUAAGUUAUGCACUUAUGAUCAAUAUUUUCUGUAAUCAACUUUCUACAAUUCUUGUGUAAAUUAUGUCUAAAAAAAGGGAACAAAAGUUCUGCAGCACUAAUGUCCUGUAUUUGGAGAGUCUCUGAUUUAUUUUUCUAUAUACAAAUCUCAGCCUCUGAGAGGAGAGGGGGUCAUGGUGAAAGUGUCCCCAUUUAAACAGCAAAGUACAUUCAUGAAAAGGGCCAGGUCCUAGAAGUCUGAAAUGAAGACAGAAAUUGGUGGAAAUGCACAGAGGGUCAGUCAAGAUGUGAAAGGAGCAAGAUCUUGCAUUUGUAUAGCACCUUUCACAACUUCAGGACAUUCUAAAUUUCUUCAUUGACCUUCUUAAUUGCAGUCACUGUUGUAAUUGUAGAAAACACAUCAGCCAAUCUUGGCACAACAAACACCCACAAACAGCAAUAUGAUUAUAACCAGAUAAACUGCUGUUCUCUUGGUAUUGUUUCAGUGAUAAAUGUUGACGAGGACUUCAGGGAGAAAUCCUCUGUUGUUCACACUGAGCUUUAGAGUUAGAGUAUGCUGAAACAGCUAACACUGCCUUAGAGGCAUUAACUUGAUGUCUCUCUCACUGUCAGUUGCAGUUGGACCUACAGUAUUUCAACAACAGCUUACAUUUAGAUAGCAGCAUUAGCAUAAUGAAACAUCCCAAGGUGUUAUUUUCAGUACUCUCUGUUUUUCUCUCUACCUGAUUCAAAGCCAGUUCCAUCAUCCACCAGGAUUUUAUUUUGUGUUAAUUUUGUCAGAGCAGCUUUGGUUUGUGUUGUUUGGGGUAUCCAAGCACCACAGCUUGGCCAAUCAGAUCCUGGAUGAGCCUUCAACUCAAUUCCAUUUGUAUUUUAGAUGGUACUUUCUGGAUUAUUUGAAUUUCCUGGCUAUGCUGAUUUGGAGAGGAUUAUUCUUGGUGCCACUUUGAUGAAUAUUGCUCUUCAACUGGAACACUGAGAUUUGUUAGUGACAGCACCUAAGAGGUCUGGAGAUUCAUAUGAACUUGGUUUUAAAUGUUCUGCACAGUUCACAAUCCAUUCCUGAGUGGAAAAGACUCAGACAUAUAUCCUAUAUACUUCAUAGUCCAUGUAACUGUUAUUUUCGCAGAUAGCACUUGACACAGUUACGACCAGCGUUCCUCCCCUCAUCAUGGAACCUUUUAAGUUUUAUAAAGUUGUUUUUUUUUCGUCCAGUCUGUGAGCUUUUUAACUGU